AGAGGGAAACCAUCCCAAGGAGAUGGAGGCGCGUGCAUUGUAAAAAUUGUAAACAAAACCUGCUGCCGUGGCGAGUGGCCUUCGACUUGUCCCUCUCACUCUGCCACGUCUUCAAAUCUGUUAAUCGCCUCCAUCUCUCUUGAUUUCUACCCGUAUACAGUGCAUUCAGAUCAUGGUGGUCCUAGGGAGAACUGCAAAGAUUGUAUUGAGCUCAGGUGCUCUGCUUUUGGUGCUCUGGGUAACCCUGCUAGUCUUCAGUGCUUCUUCGAUAGAAGAAUCUUCAUCUCCUGCACAACCUUUAAAGGAUGUCAAGCAGCCAUACAUCACCAAGAAAAAGAAGAAAGUCCAAGAAAAGGAACCAGAUACCCCGUGGAGAAGAGUGAAUCUCAAAGAGCUGAUCAUCCCUGAAAGUGCCAAAGAAGCAGCCAAAAACAUAACACCAGCUAUUCUACAUCUAUCUGUCAGGCAAAUUGAUACAUUCUCUCUAGUGGUUACUCCCCCAGAGAUUAAAUCGAAUUUGACCUUCCUUUUCCUUCAUGGAGCAGCAUUUAAAUCUCAAGAUUGGGCAGAUUUGGGAACUCUUGGACUCUUGGGUGCAUUAGGAUACAAAAGUGUUGCUGUAGAUCUCCCAGGUUUUGGCAAAACAACAACUGCAUUGGACGGUAUCAGAGAUAACUAUGUCAGCAAGGUAGAUUAUGCUACGACUCUGGUAAAAGAGCUUCAACUUCAGAAAAAACAAAUCAUCUUGGUCAGUCCAUCUAUGAGUGGAAACUAUGCUCUGCCUUACAUUCUGACUCACCCAGAAAUGAUGGCUGGAUUUGUUGUCAUCUCCCCUGCUGCAUCUGGUAUUGUACCUCCCAGCAAAGUCAGGGCUCUGCAGGUGCCUACAAUUUUAAUCUAUGGAGAUAGAGAUACCUCAUUGGGUCCGACGUCACAUCGUGAUCUCAAAACCAUACCAAAUUUCCAGGCGUUCAUCUUGCCUAAAGCUGGUCACGCUGCUUAUCUCGAUCAGCCCGAUCAAUUCCACGCACUUUUGUACAACUUUGCAAAAAAAAUCGAUUCCUUUCCUUGGUGAAUGAGUGACCUACAUUGGGGCAAAAUCACGUCCCAUCCGAUACACCGUCCAGUUGAUAAGGUCGAGGCACGUGGAACGUGACUCACUUGAAUAUUUUUGAAUCAAUUCAAUUCAACGAGCAGACGAAAUGGUGCAGGGUUGUCGCUACUUGACAGAUGUAUGUUGUUGUUUUAUAAAAAUAGGAAAUAAACAAAUUUGAGUUGAUUGCUAGACACUUUAUUAGGGACAGCACAAAUAAUAUUUUUUUUUUACUCAUUUCGACAAACUGUACACGCAAUAUAUGUGCCUGUAUUUAUAUAUGUGUGUGUUAUGUGUGGAUCAAUUUGGUAAGCCCUCGACAAAUUGGUAGUGAAACCAUUUUCACUUUUUACACAACAAACAAAGAGACAUUAUUAUGCACGUUUAUAAAUCCAGAUCGUAAAUCAGCUCUGAUUUACUGCGAACGGUUCUCUCAACAACCCAAAUUAAAAAGAAAAUUCAUUUGAGGGGGGGAAAGGAGGAUUUGUAUGCGGCGAUAAACCAUAAAAACGGUGGCAGAGCUAAGAAGGUAAAAAUCACAGAUACGGGAGCUAGUUUUCUAAUAAUAAUAAUAAUUAAAAAAAAACAAUACACAUUAAAAAAAAAGAAUUUUACAAAAUUUCUGAUAAGAUAAACGGUGAUGAACUUGUUUGUUGUGUGUCUCGGUUAGUGAGUGUUAAAAAGAGAAUCGAAACGAGGGGGGAAUUGCGCGGCAUGACUAGGUUAUACAUAAAAAAUAAUGUGCGACGCUUCUUUUGCUGUUUUUUCGAGCCUGGGGAGUAAGAAAUAGUUUCGGGGGGUAGUACAUACAAUUGUGCAUGUUUGGUCAAAAAGCUGCUCGCAUGUCCGGUGGAUU